AUCUGCCACUUGUGAUGUUGCCGUGGCAGCGGCAGCCUCGGGGUCUGGGGCCACUGUCCUGGCAGGUUUCCCUGUGGCAGCACACCUGCCCGGGCCACCCUUUGGACUCUCAUGCCCGGCCGCCCCGCCCAGGGCUCCGGAGGGGCUGGCGGCGCCUUGGCGGUGUGUGGGUGUCACUGGCAUGUGGACAGGCAGCCUCCUCCUGCUGCCCUGCCCAGUGGGAGUUGUGACUCCAGCUUCCUGAGCCCCCCCCCCCCCCCGGUGGGUGGAAGGGGAUGCCGUUUCCCCGCCUCCAGCCCUGGUGCUGUCUGUUGGGACAGGGGACCAAGGCUUUUUCCCUUGAGGUGACAGCGUGUGGGGGGACAGGCCUGCACUGCGUUGUUUUCCCAGAAGGUGCCGCUGAAGGAGGGAGAUUUUGGAUGACCUAGUUUUGGGGGGUGGGGGGAGGACAGGAACAAGGACUGGACCUUGGAUGGCUGACCCUCUUAUCCAGUCCUGACAUGGUGCUGGGAGGCGGUCAGAGUCUGCGGAGUCCCGCUUCUGAUGGGCUUGGGGGCACCAGAGCAGGCCCAGGGUGGAUGCCUCUGCCACCUGGCCGUCAGGGCUCUCCCUGGGACUGGCCACCAGGAGUUCCAGCGUCCAGCUUCAUUGAGGGGGCGGACCCAGAGCAGUCCAGCCCCUCCCUGGACCAGGGCCUCAAAUACCCGCCUGAGCCCUGGCACCAGAACUGCUGCCCCACCAAGCGCGGAGUCUGUGUUGUGCCACAGACACACCCCCAGCCUGGAUCUCUGACCUAGAUCCUGAGCCUCGGCUGCUGCCCCAUCCGCAUCCCAGCCGCCCGCUCCGCGCCAUGGGUGGGUUCCGGGCCCUAAUGGCCGCGCUCUGGGCGCUGGGGGCCGCCGGGGCCGCGGCGCUGCGCAUCGGAGCCUUCAACAUCCAGAGCUUUGGCGACAGCAAAGUGUCGGACCCAGCCUGCGGCGGUGUCAUUGCGCAAAUCGUGGCUGGCUAUGACAUCACGCUGGUGCAGGAGGUGCGAGACCCGGACCUGAGCGCCGUGUCCGCGCUCAUGGAGCAGAUCAACAGCGUGUCCAGGCACGAGUACAGCUUCGUGAGCAGCGAGCCCCUGGGUCGGGACCAGUACAAAGAAAUGUACCUGUUCGUCUACAGGAAGGACGCGGUGUCGGUGGUGGACACGUACCAGUACCCGGACCCGGAGGACGCCUUCAGUCGUGAACCUUUCGUGGUCAAGUUCUCCGCCCCCGGCUCGGGUAAGGCCCCGCCCCUCCCCUUCCGCGGCCCCGCCCCCGCCCCGCCCCACCCCCCGCCUCUGACACGCGCCUUCGCAGCUGCCGGGGAGCUAGUGCUGAUCCCGCUGCACGCGGCGCCGCACCAGGCCGUGGCGGAGAUCGACGCUCUCUACGACGUGUACCUGGACGUGAUCGACAAAUGGGGCACCGACGACUUGCUGUUCUUGGGCGACUUCAAUGCGGACUGCAGCUACGUGAGGGCGCAGGACUGGCCGGCAAUCCGCCUGCGCAGUAGCGAGGUCUUCAAGUGGCUCAUCCCAGACAGCGCGGACACCACGGUGGGCAACUCGGACUGCGCCUACGACCGCAUCGUGGUGUGCGGCGCCCGCCUGCGCAGGAGCCUGAAGCCCCAGUCGGCCGCUGUGCACGACUUCCAGGAGGAGUUCGGCCUGGACCAGACUCAGGCCCUUGCCAUCAGUGACCAUUUUCCUGUGGAGGUGACCCUGAAGUCCCACUGAAAACCUUCCAGGCCUGGUCAGGGCACGCCGCCUCCAGACUCGACCUGAGGAGGACUCUGGCCCCCACAGAUCUCCUUCUGGAUGGCUGGCCAAGCCCCAGCAAGCCGUGGGGCAGGGCUGGCUGGACAAGAGGCUGUGGACACAUCACAGGCCCACUCAGCCUGUCUCCCCAUCUGUAAAAUGGGCUACGACAUCUGUCUCCUCCUUGUGAGGAGCACCUACAGGGCGCCGGGCGUGUGGCUGUGCUCAAUAAACGGGAGUGAGCGCUUAGCCAGGACCACACACUGGUCGGC